AUGGCAGACUGGACACCAAGCUCCUGGACUACCAAGCCCAUCAAGCAGGAUGUGGUCUACGAAGAUGCACAGGGAGUCAAAGACUCACUAGAGAAGCUGCAGAAGCUCCCGCCGCUAGUAACAACGCAGGAGAUCAACAACCUUAAGAGGAGCUUGAAAAAUGUUGCCCUUGGCAAGGCCUUUGUCUUGCAGGGUGGUGACUGCGCCGAGCUGUUCGACUACUGUAACCAAGACAUGAUCGAAGCCAAGGUCAAGCUUCUCCUGCAGAUGAGCUUGGUUCUCAUCUGGGGAGCCAACAAGCCCGUCAUCCGUAUAGCUCGCAUUGCAGGCCAGUUUGCCAAACCACGCUCCAGCCCAACCGAAUUAGUCAAUGGCGUCGAGCUGACAUCCUUCCGCGGUGACAACAUCAACGGAUUCGCCGCAGACCCCGAAUCAAGAAAACCAGACCCAACCCGUCUAGUGUCAGCAUACUUCCACUCCGCCGCGACCCUCAACUACUUGCGCGCAUCACUCUCCUCCGGCCUCGCAGACCUCCACUCCCCACUAGACUGGGGCCUGGGCCACGUCAUCACGCCCUCGAUCAAGGAGCAGUACUCGCGCACCGUGAACGCAGUCAAAGACGCACUCCGCUUCAUGCGCACAGUGGGCAUCGACAAUGACCGCGGCGUCGAGACAGCCGACAUCUAUACCAGCCACGAGGGCCUCUCCCUCGAAUACGAGCAGACACUAACCCGGUCCGUAAAAAACCCCGCUCAACCUGGUGCUGCACAGACAUCCAGCUUCUACGCUACCUCGGCGCAUUUCCUGUGGAUCGGAGACCGCACGCGCCAACUCGACGGCGCACACGUCGAGUUCUUCCGCGGUAUCGCCAACCCGAUCGGAAUCAAGAUCGGGCCUAGUAUGGUAGCCGAUGAGCUGGUCCGUCUUCUGGACGUCGUGAACCCGGAGCGGGAGAUCGGUAAAGUGACAUUGAUCUCGCGGUAUGGCGCAGGCAAGAUCGCCCAGUUCCUACCGGGUCACAUUGCGGCCGUGCAAGCGUCGGGCCAUGUCCCCGUGUGGCAAUGUGAUCCGAUGCAUGGAAACACCCAAGCGACGCCGUCGGGUGUCAAGACCCGGCAUUUCACGGAUAUCCUGGCGGAGUUGAAGCAGGCGUUGGAGAUCCACAGGGCAGCGGGGUCGUUCUUGGGUGGUAUGCAUCUUGAGUUGACUGGGGAGGCUGUCACGGAGUGUGUGGGUGGUGCUGCUGGGUUGACGGAGGAUGGGCUUGGGGAGAGAUAUACGACUUUCUGUGAUCCGCGACUUAAUGAGAAGCAGGCUUUGGAGCUUGCGUUCCUUGUUGCUGGAUUCUAUCGUCAGGAAGAAGAGAAUUGA